AAACUCAACAAACAAACAAAGCCAAAAAACUCAACAGCAAUGGCUUCCAUUUCACCAUUUUUCUCCUUCUCCUUCUUCUUCUUUGCUUAUCUUCUAUCCUUUUCCACCGGCCAAUCUCCGCCGCCACCACCACCACCACCAUCCCAAUCUCUAAUCAACGCAGCGGAAACUCUCUCAAACUCCGGCUACAUUUCCAUGUCACUCACUCUUGAGCUCAUUUAUGAUACUGUACUCUCACGCGCUGCUAAGAAUUCAUUAACUGGCUCUUCCCUUACCAUUUUCUCUCCACCCGAUUCUUCUUUCGCUGAUUUUGGUCAGCCUUCACUUUCUCAUAUACUUCUUCAUUUCUCCCCUGUUUCUCUUUCAUUAUCUUCACUUAAAUCCCUUCCGUUUGCAUCUAAAAUUCCUUCGUUAUCUCCAUCAAAUUCAAUUUAUGUUACGAGCUUUCCUUCUGAUUUACAAGUUGAAAUAAACAAUGUGAAGAUUAUUGGUUCAUCGAUAUAUGAUGAUGGGUUUGUUGUAGUUUUCCGGAUUGAAGAUUUUUUUGUACAGAAUUUCACUCGUCCGAAUGCGACUCCGAAUCCAAAUUUCGACCCGAGCUCGACUCAGUGUAUCAGGUUUGAUACGUUUUCGAGGUUUUAUGAAGUGUCGUUGUUAUUGAAAUCAAAGGGGUAUUUGAUUAUCUCGUCGUUUCUCGAGUUGCAACUGAUUGGGUUUAUGAAGAAUCCGGGGUUGAAGUUGACGGUAUUUGCUCCGAUAGACGAUGCGAUUGUUGGAUUUUCCGGGGAUUUUCCAGAGUAUCAGCAGUUGUUUUUGAGGCAUUUGGUGCCUUGUGUACUGUACUGGACUGAUUUGAAUGAUAUGUUAAAUGGAACUGAGUUUAAGAACUAUGUAAACGGGUUGAGUUUGAAGAUAACGAAGGUUAAUGACGUGAGUUUUGUUAAUGGAGUUGAAAUUACGUAUCCGGAUUUGUAUUACAACGAUUGGCUUGUUGUUCAUGGGCUGCAGCGUCUGAUUCCAUUACCUGAUGAGAUUGAUGAUGAAAUGGAGGAAGAUCCUGGUAAACCUGAGGAUAUGAAUGAUGUUUCUAUCGCCCCUGAUCGUAGUGAAUUUUGAGGUUAGAUUGAUGGUGAAAUUACACUGUUGAUACUGGAAAUUGCUGGUUCUUGGAAAAGUUUAGUCAUGGUUUCUGAGUUUUAAGUGAUUGAGUUGUAGAUUCCUUGAGUUUGUAGAAUUGAAACACUACUAAAUAGUUUGUAGAAUUGGCAUGUGUUCAAAUCAAUUGUUGAUAUUGAGAAUGUUGAACUUUCUGCAACGCUAAACAUUUGUGAUUAACUAUUUUGCAUCUGUU